AUGAAGCUCAACGUCGCUAACCCUGCUACGGGCGCACAGAAGUCGUUCGAAUUUAUGGACGAGCGUCCCGUGCGCUGCUUCUACGACAAGCGUAUGUCUCAGGACGUUGAGGUCGACUCCCUCGGUGAUGAGUGGAAGGGCUACGUUCUCCGCAUCGGCGGUGGUAACGACAAGCAGGGUUUCCCUAUGAAGCAGGGUGUGCUUCUGCCAUCGCGUGUUCGUUUGCUCCUCGGUAAGGGCGACUCAUGCUACCGUCCUCGCCGCACCGGCCAGCGCCGUCGGAAGUCAGUUCGCGGCUGCAUUGUUGGCCCGGACAUUCAGGCUUUGCACUGCAUUAUUGUUAAGCAGGGCGAGCAGGAUAUUCCUGGCUUGACGGACCCCGAGAGUGCUGUGCCCAAGCGUCUCGGUCCUAAGCGUGCUAACCACAUUCGCAAGUUCUUCAACCUCACCAAGGAAGACGAUGUGCGUCAGUACGUCAUUCGCCGUGAGAUUCAGCCGAAGAAGGAGGGUGCCAAGCCUUACACGAAGGCUCCUAGGAUUCAGCGUCUCAUCACGCCUCAGCGUCUUCAGCGUAAGCGUGACGCUAGGCGCCUGAAGAAGGAGUUCAUUGCCAAGAAGCACGCCCAGAAGGCUGCUUACGACGCUCUUGUGGCCCAGCGCGUCGCUGAGAAGAAGCAGCGUCUCGCCCACCACAAGGCAUAA